GCCCCUUUUUGUGCUACAUGAAUGACAGCGCUCCCCCAUUAAUCCUAAUCCGGGAGAACAAGACCUGGGCAGAGGCGCUGGACUACUGCAGAGAGAAUUACAAUGAUCUGGUCUCCGUGUAUGACAGACACAUCCAGGGAUGGGCUGCAGAGAAAGCCAAGCUGGCUGACUCUCCGUACGUGUGGCUGGGGAUACGCUACACCUGCACUAUGGGCUUCUGGUUCUGGGUCGGCGGCCAGCAGCCCUGCUAUGAGAACUGGGCCCAGGGGAAGGGGACUGGAGACUGUGAAAUGUCUGGGGCCAUGGAGAGAGCGGGGGACAGUCAGUGGUUCAGUCUGUCUGAUGCUCAGAGGCUCAACUUCAUCUGCAGCAACAACACAAAUGUUGACUGACUUAACAUUUUGUCCUUGAGGUGGUGAUGAUCUGUUUCUGUUUUUCAUUCAAACUUCUUUGUUAAAUGGAAUGUAAAAAGGGCACACAAAUAAAAUGAAUAAUGAUAUCUUUAAGGGA